GAAGGAAAUUACGCCAUGGCUGGGAUUCGAACCCACGACCCUCUGUUUCAAAGUCAGAAGACUAAUCCACUGGGCUACAACGAUCCACAUUAUUAUUAUUAUAUAUUUUUAUAUUAUCCUACAGGUACACUACCUCAUCGCCACAAGAUCGUCAUCGCAGGUAACCAUGAACUUACCUUUGAUCAACAGCUCAUGUCAGAAAGGAAUAGCCAUGUCUUCAUGAGCUUUGCCUCAGCGUUUGAAGGACUCAAGAAAAAUGAAUGGAAGGAAAUUCGAUCUCUACUUACAAACUGUACCUACUUAGAAGACUCUCAGACACAUGUGAUGGGAUUCAAGAUCUAUGGAUCACCAUGGCAACCAGUGUUCUGCGAUUGGGGUUUUAAUUUACCCAGAGGCCAAGCCCUUCUAGAUAAAUGGAACAAGAUUCCUGAGGAUACUGACAUUCUGAUUACCCAUGGGCCACCACUUGGUCAUGGGGAUCUAGCAAGCAACGGCUGUCGGGCGGGGUGUGUGGAGCUCUUGUCUACCGUCCAGCGACGUGUCCGCCCAAAAUACCACGUCUUCGGCCACAUCCACGAGGGCUACGGGGUCACGACAGAUGGCCAAACGACGUUCGUCAAUGCUGCAAUAUGUGAUGUUCAUUACCGUCCGUGCAAUCCCCCCAUAGUUUUCGAUCUUCCAACGCCUCGGGUUCCGACGGUAGAAGCUGAAAGCUCAGUGUAACACGGAAUGUUAAAUAUGUAAUAUGUUUUAUUUAUACCUCUAUGAAAAUGAUAGCACUGCUCGGAAACUUGCGACUGGCUCAAGGAAUGGUCUGGCCUGUAUAACACAGAGCUUUAGUUAUUGAUUGUAUAAGUUGAUUUGUAUUAUUGAUUGUACAGUAUGACCUACACAUGCAAUCAAUCAUCAUGAUAUUAAUAAUAAUAAUAAUGCUAACAUUUGUAGGACGCUUUAUACGGGUGUUUCAAAGCGGACACUGAGGUGGGCUGACUAAAGUAAACAAUGAAUCCAGGAAAAAAAAAGUCAUAAAACAAUUUGCCUUAUGGUUGGUCAAUAAUGCCUCAUUAACGUGUGAGACAAUUAUCGUAUGAUGGCUUAGUCUUUGUUUUGUUUUUUGAGGGGGGGGGGGCAUCCUAGGCGGCUACGGGCCACGAUGUUUGCAUUUACCGGUGUGUUGUUUACAGUCAUGCAAUUUUAUGCAUGAGGCAACUUAGAGGCCCAACAUGGAGGGUUGUGGCGCAGUGGAUUAGUCUUCUGACUUUGAAACUGAGGCUCGUGGGUUCAAAUCCCAGCCAUGGCGUAUUUUCCUUGAGCAAGAAAUGGAUCCACAUUGUGCUGCACUUAACCCAGGUGAGAUGAAUGGCUACCUGGCAGGAAGUUAUUCCUUGAAAUGCCUCCGCGCCGUGAAAGGCUGCUGGAGUUGUUGCUGCUGGGCUAAAGCCAGGGUAAUAAUAUCCAAGUUCUUUGGAAGUUCAUAGGGACAUUAUGUCAUGAUGUGAUGUGCGCUACACAAGAACUGUGUUAUCGCUAGUAUUAUUCUAAAAUCAAAGCCAUACGGAAGCCAUGAACUUUUGGUUGAUUACAGGAUGUCUGUUUAAUAUAUCACAUUCUUUGAUGAUGGUAUGGAUGGAUUUCUAUACAGUCGAGAUUGGUUGGAUCAAUCGUAACUCUUUGUAAGAUGGGCCCAAGGCUUUAUUGAUCAACACCUACAUGCACUGUAAUGCUACCGUCACACCGACGAAACUGACUCCAAAACCGAUCGUUGGUUUGUCGUUGAAACUAACAUCAAAGCUUCUAUUGAUUUGGAGCCAUCGGUUUUGUUUGUAUGACUGCGGUAUAACUCGAAAUGUACGUUUACUAGUCAUAGAUGUAGGAGACAGCUGUGCAAUAUACUGAAUGAAUGUACUCGUUCUUUUAUAAUGAUGGAUGUGUGGGAAGUUACCAGGGAUGUGUAUCCGAGGCUGGCACUUCCGAAUCACGAGGCUAGUGAAAAAUCAUUCUCCUGUAGACUUUGUACAGGUGGCUCGGCCCGAGACCUAGGCUGGGAAAGUGUGGCCGAGAGGCCGGCCUUGACUUCAUUAUUGGAAGCUAAUUCAUGUGUUCACUCUUAUUGAUGGUUUCACAAAGGCAAAUGUGUUUAUUGAUCCAUCUUGUGUGCUAUAAAAGGCUGUCGGGCUAAAUAACUCUGCCCGCUUUGUUCGACCAGUGUCACAUGCAGCAGACUGCCACGUUAGAAUCCAGUCACAUUCUAUUCACAAUACACACAGCGUGCAUUAAGUCUAUUGUUCAUACACACAUACACGCUAGUGAUGUGUGCAUCGCAUUGUACUGUGUACACGCAAAGCUUUUUCUUUACAGUUAACCAAUCAAAAGCUAUUGUGAGCUGAAUAUCUUUAGGUUUCACCUUGAAAUAAAUGUGGCGCACGAGUGAUUCUGUUCGUAGCGGGCAAAGAGUUAAACAAAUGCCAGGGUAAAACUUUAUCCAGAUGCCUGUGUUAGGGCAUGGAGACGUUACGUGGUAAUGUGAUGUGCUGUACAAGGCAGGAUAUUGUGACUAUUAUGGAUGGAUACAAAGAGCAAAGUUUGCGGGAGAAGAUUCCCCAUUUCUGAUAUCUCUUGUUCUAAAUUAUUCUCAGGGGUUGAGGUUUCAGCUUUGAAGAUGAAUUCAGAUUUUUAGUCGUUAAUUUGGAACUUUCUGGUGAAUUUCCUCUGUUCGAAACUACAUGUAUCAGUGCUUUUGCAAUAUCAGGGUUUUUCAGUUCUAUUUAUUUGUAGUCACUCAUUGUGCUGUAAAUUGUAUUGCCCAUUUUGAGCACUAAUCAAAGUCAUUUGAAAAGCCAUAGCUUUAACUUUGUUGGCUAUAAAAACUAUAAUUUUCUUCGUGCUUUCUUUUUUUAAAAUCAAAAUGAAUAUUUCUUAAGUGUAGAUACGAGUAUUGUGCAAUACGUCUAUGCCUGAUGUCUUAAUUGAAGAGUUUAAAAAGUGUUAUUUUUGGGUGUGGCUCUAUGCACGCAAUACUAGGUGCGCGCCUGCACGGUUACAAAAUUACCGCACAUUUAAUUAGCAAAGAUUAAUUCAUCAAGCUCAUGAAUAACCUGAAAUCAGAAGGAAUGACACGGAAACGGCAUUAUUGUUCCAAAUAAUUUCCUGAAUUAGACAUUAUACAGCUGUAUAGGCAAUAAUAGUAAUAUUGACUGGCUCCUCUUUCAGGAACAACAAAUAUAUUGCCCUUAAAAAGAACCAUGUUCCCUGGUGUAAAGACUUGGGCCAAUAUGAUUCUUUUGCCAGUCAAUAUUAUAUAAUUAUGCAUCUUUGAUUGAAAUGAACAUACAUGUAUUCAGUGUCAUGUGGUGUAUUACAAAUAUAUCUUCUCACACUUCAAAUCUGUUUGGAAAUAGCUUAGGGUCAUUAUGGUCUAGUGGUUCUGACUUGCCUUUUCAAGCAGUAGGUCGUGGGUUCAAUGACCAGCCAUGAUGUUUUUUUUUCAGCAAGAAAUUCAUCCAAACUGUGCUGCACUUGACCCAGGUGAGGUGAAUGGGUACUCCAGCAGGAUUUAUUUUUUGAACGCUGUAUAGCCUAUAUGGCGGCUCAGCUUCAGCAGGGAUAAUGAUCUAAUACCAAUUAUCAACGCAGUAGAGUAUAUGAUGUUCUAAGUUUGCUAUGUGGAUAUAUUAGUUUUAUUUAUCUAUUUCUUCAGCAAGAAAUUCUUCACAACUGGCAACAUUCAACCUACCUAAGAAGAAUGAGAAUUUUUUUUUUAAAAUGGGUCCUGGACUGAAAGAUAGCCUUCAUGUGCAUUGAGAAGGUGCCAUUUGUAUUUUAAAAGACAAAUUACUCUAUUUGGUGUUGGAUCAAAUGGAUAGGGAUUCAAAGCUUUGGAUGUGGCCCACUUGUGAAGGCCAAGCCAAUUGAAGAACGAUGCAUACAUUUAUCUGCCUUUUUAGGUACAUGUACAUUGCUCAGCUCAUGAACAGACAUCUAGACAUUCACAGACCGAGCAAUCAAUUUGAAAAUUUGGACAUUGUCAGAAUUAAUUCUCCUGGAUGUAUUUCAUCAAUGUUUGAUGUCUGUCUGGCUGUGAGAUCUUACAACCGUCCUUGGUGUUGAUUGGCUGAGAAGCACUGAUAUCCGACUGUUACUAUGGUAACUGUUGGAUGACAAUUUGUCAACAUUGACCACUUUCAUGAUGUCGAAUGCCGAAUGACAACAAAGAAUGGCAGAGAGCAAAGAAAGAUGAAAAAUCCAUAUUUUAUUGUUCGAAAUGGACAUAAAAUGAAAUGCUCC